CCGAUUAAAAAUGUUCGGUUCCUCGAGAUCUGGAGGUGUACGGGGAGGUCAGGACCAGUUCAACUGGAAUGAAGUGAAAGUCGACAAACACAGAGAAAACUAUCUCGGUAACUCGUUGAUGGCACCAGUGGGGCGUUGGCAAAAAGGCAAAGAUCUGACAUGGUAUGCAAAGGACAAAAAGGGUGGUGCACCUUUGUCCAGGGAGGAGGAACUUGCUGCUGUCAAGGCAGCAGAGGAAGAAGCGUUGAUGGCUGCACUAGGGCACAAGAAUAUAAAGAGACAACCGACUGGUCUAACCAAAGAGGACCUUGUAGAGGUUUGCAGGAGGGACGAGGCUGAUGGCGAUGAGAGAAAUGUUGACCGUGUUUCUGGUUUAGGAAGCUCCAGUGCAGGGUCUCGGAGAAUGGUCCUGUCCCAAAAAGAAAAGGAGGUUGCUAAAAUGGGCUUGCCGGUUUUUACACACGUCAGGACUGAAGGUCAUACAGAAGCUUCAGCAACAAAAACAAAUGAGAGUGCAGUAAAACAGGUGGAGGAACAGAGGCAUGACAGUAAUAAGAAAAACAAAGAAAAAAAGAACAAAAAGGAGAAAAAGAAAAAGGAAAAAAAGAAAAAACGAAAAAGGAGAGACUCAUCCUCCUCCGAUUCUGAGGACAACAGGAAGAGGCACAGAAAGGACCACCAUCAUCAUAAUCCAUCAUACGUUAGUCAGAGCGGAGCCAGACCCCAUGACAGCCACUCAAGGGGGGGAGCAAAGGCCGAGCGACAGCGCUCCAACCCCCAUCAUCGAAGGCAGCGGCACGACACAGACUCCUCUGAUGGAGGAUCUCCUGUCCCUCGCAACCCUGCCAGCUACAAGAAGGCCCCUGCUGGUGCCACACAAAGCCACAGGCGGCGCCAUGACACAGACUCGGACGACUAAUGUCGUGCCCACCCCCACCCCCGAUUCAAACAUGCAUAAUGUGGACAGAGUGCUCUACAGCAGUUUGACAGACCCUCAAGACCUUAUUUACUUGAACAGCCAAACAGACUGUGGAUGGACUCUAAUCAGUGUAACAGACUUUAGCCUCAGGUUUUAACUUCUUCAUUCAGAAGGUUGCUCAUGUGACACUGGUGUUUUGGUUUGACAGUUUUUGAUCACGUCGAGUUAUUUAAUCAUCAAAUAUCAAGUACUCUGUAUUGCUUUAAGCUUUGUAUUUUGGGGGUUUUAUCUUGGAUAAAUAUAGAAACUUUUUUUCCAAAACUAGUGGAAUGAUUUUCUUCCUUGUCCUCAAAGCUUUUAUUUAACAUUAGUUCAACCCUGAUCAUUGUUACUGCAAGCACACACAAUAAUCCCUCAUGGAAAUUCUUACAUGACCCUGUCAGUUAUUUACAUGAACGUGUCUUCUUUUUUUUUUUUUUUAAGGUUACCAUAAAGACAUGGUGCAACUGGCACUUUUUGCACAGGAAUGUAGCUUCAAGGGCUUGCUGCCAAAGAAGCCUUCUACGAUUAUAAUCAAACUGGUAAAAGAGUGUAUGUUAAUAAGUAUUUCUUUUCUUGAAUCUAAGCAUGUAGUUUUGGUGCCUAACCAAACAGUGACAGGGAGAAAAAACUCAUAUCAAAACAAAUAAAAUGCAUAGACUUGAACCCCAUUCUUUUGAGUGAAAGUUCUAUUCGAGCCGUUCACCUGACUGCCUAAGCACUUGCCGGCAAAAAUCCUUCAACACAAACUUCUAUUGAUUACAUUUUCAUAUUGGAAAACCUAAACAUUUGCUCCUUCAAGAUGCUUCUUGACACCUUUUUUUUUCCAUCUAUACAUCUCCGUCUCAUCCUACUACUCAGACACUGGCCAUUUUCCUUUCUAAGUAAUCCCUCGUCAUUCUAGGUUCAGCUCCGACUGGUGCGAUACCAUUGGAAUGCUCUUUACUGGUCAUAAUAGAGUAGUGUUUGCAUUUGCCUUGAAUUGGUCUGAAAGAGGGUAUUCUGUGGACUGGCACCUGGGGGGGUACACUAAAAAAAGAGCAAGGCAUUCAUAAAGAAGAGUGCAAAAAACUAGGCUGGCCCUUUUUUUUUUUUUUUUUUAUAUGGCCGAGUACCGUUAGACCGCCACACACAAACCAAGCUGAUGAAGCAGCAGGAGAGAAGGCUAGACAAAGCCACCCUAUGAGGGACCCAAGACUCAAACUACCUCCUCUUCCACCGCUACCAUACUCUCCUGCCAUGUUUUACAGGCUUGGCUGCAUUAACCGUAGCAGCCUAAUCAACCUGCAAGAAUGUGGUCCUAGAUUGCCACCCUUACACAAUGUGAAACAGGGUGUGCUCUUCACAUAACUGCUUUAACCUAAGCACUGGGUGGUUUCAUCACCUUGGGGCAACAUAUUUCUUCCUAGGUCAAGGGGUGAUAGCCUUAAGAAGUCACAGACACAAGUUUGGGGCCUUUGUAAUAGUAAUUCUAUUAAUGCUGCAACUAAAAUCAAUUGCCAAUUAAUUGCUGCACAUACGUGUUCUCAUAUUCUGUUUUAGAUUGAUUCGCUGAGCAGAAAAAUGCCAAGGUGAUGCCUAAUCCUUUUGUCUAAAACUUCAUUUAAUUCUGUAAUAGCUGAUGUCAAGGGACAGCCUACAAAAAGCAGCAUAAACUUAGAUUUUAUUACAUGGUGUGAAACAAAAUGAAAAUCAAUUGCAGUAUCAAGCUUUACAUAAGAACACAGACAACCAGAAGAGAAUAACAUUACAUUUUAGGCAGCUAAAAAUCAAACGAUGCAAUCAGUUAAAACAGCCACACCCUUUACAAAUAAGUUUUGGGGGGAGGGGGGGAAGUGAUGUGUCUCAUAUUUAAAAAAAAAAAAGGCAUUUAUGGACGGCCAGUUUACGAAAGAAAA